GCAACCUCGAUCAUGGCUUCCCUUUGUUAUCUCCUCUGCUACUGUGAGGAUGAAAGAGAGAGCGAGUCCUAUAGAAACGGUGAAGGAGAGGAAAAGGAUUAGAGUCAUCCUGUGGGUUUCUUUUUCUCUUGUUUGUUUCCCAUUGGCCUUCUAUAAAUACUUCCUUCUCCACCAGAUAUCCUCUUAUUAGAGAAGAGGAGAUUCCACCCAAUUUGUCUUCUCAAUCUGUGCUUCCGCUUUCCCAGGUUUUCCUUUCCCUUCUACCUGCAGGGUGAGGGAAAGAAAAGAGUUGUUUGAUCAGAGGUUCUCUCAGUGUUUGCUCUGGCUUUUCCCAUGGAAAGGUUUCCUUAGAAAGCAGGAAGAAGACUGAUUGUCCGGGCCCCUUGUUGUUCUUGUGUCCCGCUUGCAGAAUUUUUGUCUGAGUUGCUUUUGAUUUUGAGUUUUGGCUGCAUCCUUCUUGUUUCUGGUUUCCUCUUUAUUCCAUCUUUGUUGUUUUGGUUUCUGCUCUGAAUGGUUUAGUGCACUGGUUGUUGGUCAAUGACUAACACGGUGAGACCAAGAAUGAAGGUUCUUCUUUACCUGGUCUAUGACAGAGGAUAACAUUCAGAAAGGCACCUUCCUCCCAGGCGAUCCUCCCAAUCAAAAUUCUCAGUGAUUUUCAUCUUCUUUCUGAUAUCCAAAUUGUGGGUCUUCUUCUGCUUUGGUCUUAACCUUCAUAUAUUGGUGAUCCCAAAAUUCCUGAUCGCAUUUUCAUCCAAGUUUCAGAGUUUUCCUUCCAGGUUUAGUGAUCAAGGUCAUCUCAGCAACAUCCUCUCUUUUAAUCUUCGUAUUUUGGUAGCAAAUAUCGCAGAGACCAUCUUGGUUGUCCAAUUUGCAGGUUUCUUCUUCUUCUUCUUCUUCUUCCCUUUAAAGAAGAAAACUCCUUUGAUGUGCAAUCUCUGAGUUUCUGUUUCCAUUUUUUCUUCUUCAACAAUCUGAAACCAAACUUUGUCUGGUUCUUUGAAAACGAAACGAUCUACUUCCAACCAAAUUGUGGAUCUUUCUUCUUCUUGAUCGCCUUGAAGGACCACCAAGAAACCCAUAUUUUGCGAAACAAAUUUGUGGGUUCGAUCUCUCUGUUCAUCAUUGAACACUUUGGUCUUAGCGGGCAUCAAAUUUUUGCCAGACAAAGAAAACUCGUCUUAAGAUUAAUCUCAACUCCAAGCCAAGAAAUGGAGAGGGUACCUGCGAGCAAGGCUAAGACGAAGAAGCUUGGCAUGCUGCUGAGGGGCCUAGGCCGAAGCAGCAGCACGAGCCCCUCGCCGCCAGGGAGCCCGAAGUGGGCUCGGUCGGAGGAGGAGGAGGAAGGCGGCCGGGGACGGAGCAAGAGGCGGGUGGCGCCGGAAGGGUGCUUCUCCGUGUACGUGGGGCCGGAGAGGAAGCGGUUCGUGGUGAAGACAGAGCACGCGAACCACCCGCUGUUCAGGAUGCUGCUGGAGGAGGCCGAGUCGGAGUACGGGUUCUGCAGCGAGGGGCCGAUCGCCCUCCCCUGCGACGUCGACCUCUUCCUCCGCGUCCUCUGGGAGAUGGACGCCGACGAGGCUGUGCCCCGCGGCCGCGGCUGCGCGUUCCCCACCAGGAAGGGCGGCGGCAUCGGCGGCUACCAGCUCCUCAGCCCCUCCCGCUUCCGAGUCGGAUGACUCGUAUCGUCUCGGUUGGGAUACCGUAGUUGCAAGGGGUGCUUUUUCCUUGUUUUUUUGUUUAUUUUUUCCGGUUUAAUUUGUCUCUUUCUUUUCCUUUUUUUUUCCUUCCAUGAAUCCUUCGCUUGGAUUUGUAUCAUGAGGAAAAAAAGGAAGUAUUUUGUAAGAAAUGUGAAAAAUAUUAUCAUUUUUGUA